AUUUCUAAUAUAAAGUUUUUUAUAUAAAAAGAGUUCAUUAUAGAGUUCAUCAAAAAUCAAAGUCAAAGACUGAAGGGUGGAUUCCUACAAAGGUCGCAAUCCCACGAUACCGUGUUUUUAAUAACAUCAAAGGACUUUGUCCCGAAAAUGCAUUUGCCCGAAGGCAUUCUGUAUGAGCGAUCGUGUGUGUUUGCAGGAUUUGCUAUCCUGUACAUGUUGGUGACCGUACCACAUCUACUCCCAUGGAAUACAAAGGGAACACUCGUGGGAAUUCUGUCCUGGUGCCAUUUGAUCGGCGCUGUUAGUCCGUGGGUUGGAUCCUUCCUGUAUCAUCUCUUCAUGAACGUGAAUUACGACGAAGUUUUCUACAGAACACUGCUGAAAGUCGACAUGAUCGGCAUAUGGCUGUGCCAGAGUUUCGGAGCUAUACCGAUGAUGGCAGCUGCUGUUCAUUGCCUUGCCGAUAACGUCUGGUACUGCUGCAUUUUUAUUUAUUGCUCCCUCAGUAUGUGGGGACUUUUAAAGGCGAUGACUGCGAGAUCACCGUGGGAAAGACGUUUAUGUUUCGCCCCUCCUUUCCUAAUGAGAAUGCUGGUCAUGGCGUUGAGGUGUUUCGGCAUUGGUGGCGGAUCACCCGAGGCUCUUACUCAUAUAAUAUUACAGGAUUUCAUAGCUGUGAUAGGUGCAACCAUUGGCGCUCUUCGCAUUCCAGAGAAGUGGAUCCCCGGCCGAUUGGAUUUAGCGCUGAAUUCUCAUAACGUGAUGCAUGUAAUGGUCGUCCUAGCGGUGUGCUCCAUGCACACCGCAACCUUGAAGGACCUCGCCUGGAUGUCCGAUCCGUCUACGUGCAAUAGAACAAGCCCUCUUCCUUCGGGUCGCGAAGAACUGUGAUUGAAUCAUGAAGAACGCGACGGCUUGCUGCAGUCUGUGAUAAAUCGAGCCUAUAACAACUGGCGAUUAGUCGAGCGCUUCGACAUUUGGAGACCAGAAAGUGCUGAAUUCUAUAAUAGAUAAAUCUAAGGAUAUCGAAAA